CGUUGUUUCCAUAACAACCACGUGCUAGUAUGAAACAAACUUUGUUUGCGACCCUAACUCCAGCUUUCUGACUUCCCCGCUGCCGCUUCCUUUUACUUCAGUUUCAAGGUGUUUGCUGAACUCGACCGGAAGGAGAAAUUUGCCAGGUCAGUGCUGUGGGCUCUGCUAAGAGACUUGAAGAAAGACCCUUUCUGAAGCCAACACAACAUGGCAUGUCUGACCAUAGAUCUCAUAGCUAAAUCUGAAAAACACUUCAAAAAGAGAAGGGGCAUCUCUCUUCUGCAAUACCUGAAGACCCUCACCCAUCUCCACUUUUCCAACAGGAACAUUGAGGAGAUUGGAGAUCUGUCCAUGUGCAGGAACCUCACUGUGCUUUACCUGUUUGAGAAUCGCUUGACAAAGAUUUGCAGCCUGGACUUUGCCUCCAACCUCACCCAUCUGUAUCUGCAGAACAACAACAUCACUCAUAUGAAUAAUCUCUCCAACCUGAAGAAACUCACCAAACUGUAUCUGAGUAGGAACAAAAUUUCAGUGGUGGAGGGUUUGGAGGAGCUCAGCGGACUCAAAGAGCUUCAUUUGGAGAAUCAACAGCUGGAGCCAGGGGACCAGUUGCUCUUUGACCCCAUAAGUGUCCUCGCUCUUGCUGAAUCUCUUUGUGUGCUGAAUAUUAAUAACAAUAACAUUGAGGACAUCAAAGACCUGUCGGUGCUGAAGGAACUCGAACAUUUUUCUGCUGCUCAGAACAAAUUGCUUCAUAUUGACGAGUUGGAGGACGUGUUUGAGCUCUGGUCUAAGCUGCUCAUAUUGGAUUUGAGUGGAAAUCCUGUGUGUAAACAACGAAAGUACAGAGAUCGCCUUAUAGUUGUGUGCCAAAAGCUUGGCACUCUUGAUGGUAAAGACAUUAACGAAAUAACCAGGCAAUUUCUUGUUAACUGGAAAGCAGCAAAAGAAGGCAAAAAGAGAAAAUACAAGGAUCCAAUGUUGACGUGGCCCGAGGUUGCUCAUCCUCCCAGAAAUGACUUUGGGUUCGCAGAGUCAGAGUCAAGUGGGAGUACACAUCCUCUUCAGAUCUACCCGCCCAACAACAUGCACAGCGGGGAGCCACAGGAGCCUCCUCGGUCCUUUAUCCCGGCUCAAAGUCCAUCUAGAAGUCCAUUUUCUGAGGUCAUCAGUCUGAAGUCCUGAGAAUCCCUACUAUCUUCCUGUUUUGUCUGAACACCUUUCAUCUUUAAGCCAGAUAUUCUAGUUGCAGUGGAUGAAAUUCAUGGCAUGACCUCUAAUGAUUUGAUUUCAAAAGCAGACCGAAGUAACUAAUGACUAGAAACAGCAGUUCUUCUUCUUCUAGACUUUUAGUUUCUGUGCAAAUAAAUCAUUUGCAGCUCAUGCUG